AUGAGCCCGCAGGAUGGGCUGGAGGACGGCCGGGAGCCACGGGCUGAGGCCCCGGAGGAGGAGGGCUCCCUGGAGGAGGGCUCCCUGGGGCUGUUGGCUGACGACGGUGUGAGCCGGGACAGUUCCUUUGACUCGGACUCGGACGCCGCCUCCUCGCCCUUCUGCCCCUCGCGCACCAGCACAGCGCCGGCCGAGAGCAGCAGCAGCUCCGUGUUCAUGGACAGAGGCGACAGUGGCCAUGAGCUGUCGCUGGUGGACAAGGGCACAGACACGACGUGGCCCACCCAGGCAGUGGCCGAGAGAGGACAUGCAUACAGAAAGCUGGACGUGGCUACCUGGCUCAGGCACCUGAACGACCUGGGCCAGGCGGAGGAGUACAGGCUGCGGAAGCUGAGGUCUGCAGCCACUUUCUUGGGUGGAAUCAACGUGUCCCUCCGCGAGGAGGUGUGGCCCUUCCUGCUAGCUACUAUGUCGCAGGAGCGGGAGGCGCUGCAGGCCCAGAAGCGCCAGGACACAGCCAUCCAGCAGGGCAGGGUCCUGUUGAAUUACGCCGUGUGCAACCUGGCCGUCGGCUACUCCCAGGGUAUGUCCUACCUGGUGGCGCCCGUCCUGGCCGAGGUCCUGGAUGAGUCGGACACCUUGUGGUGCUUUGUGGGCUUGACGCAGAACACCAUAUUUGUCAGCUCACCCCGUGAGGACAUGGAGAAAGGGAAGCUGGCUCACCAGGCCGGGCAGGGAGUGGACUCUGGCAAGGGCACCAUGGGCGAGGGCUCAGAUGCUGGCAAGGGCACGGGCACAUGGGCCCGCCAGACCCCUGGGACUGUGCUCCGCAAAGCCAUCCCCUCGCCGGCCAUGCCUCUGCUCACCGCCUGCCUCCGGGGGCGCGUGUGCCUUGAUCCAUGCUUCCACCACCACCUGCUGCAGCUGGGUGAGGACGGCCUGCAGCUGCUCCUCUGCCACCGCUGCCUGCUGCUGUGCUUCAAGCGGGAGUUCCCUGAGGCCGAGGCCCUGUGCGUGUGGGCGGCCUGCUGGACCCACUACUAGACAGAUUACUUCCACCUCUUCAUCUGUGUGGCCAUCAUGGCCAUCUACGGGCACGACAUCAUUGAGCAGCUGGCCGCUGACCAGAUGCUGCCGCGCUUUGGAAACCUGGCCAUGCAGAGGAACGGAGAGCUGGCGCUCAGGAAGGCGAGGAGUUUGCUCUAUCGGUUCAGCCUCCUGCCCCGCAUCCCCGGCAGCCUGCAUGACAUCUGCGAGCUGUGUGGGACAGGCAUGUGGGACAGCGGGUACAUGCCCGCUGUGGAGUGCACUGGCUAGCACCCGGGCUCCGAGAGCUGCCCAUUCGGGGGCACCAUGGAGUUGCUUUCUCCCAAGCCCCCGACAGAAUGCAAGAAGGGCCCCAAGGCGCCCAGGGAAGGCUUGGGGUUCCGCAAAUAG